ACGUAAACAAACAACAUUGUACAACACUACGAUAGAAAAAUAAAAAAAUAAUUUUCCAUUUACUUCCUAAUAAAUAAUUAUUUUACUUAAAAAAUGACUGAUAAAAACCAACCACCCAUUAAACGUUAUCGCCGCGAAGAAAACAAAUCCUCCGACGAAGAUGACAACUAUGUUCCCUAUGUCCCCAUAAAAGAACGCAAAAAACAUCAACUCGUUAAACUAGGACGCAUUGUCCAAUUAACAGCUGAAGCUAAUGCACCCAAAUCCUCUAGUGAAAAUGAAAAUGACGACGAAACUCAAGAAGAAAUUUGGGGACGCAAAUAUAACAUCAGUCUGCUCGAUCAACAUACAGAACUUAAGAAAAUCGCUGAAGCAAAAAAAGUCAGUGCCGUCGAAAAACAACUCAAAGAAGAAGAGAAAAUCCUUGAGUCUGUGGCGGAAAAGAAAGCUUUGAUGGGUGUAGCUGAAUUGGCAAAAGGUAUUCAAUAUGCUGAUCCAAUUAAAACAAGUUGGAAACCUCCUCGCUAUAUAAUUGCCAUGUCCGAGGAAAAACGUGUAUCUAUUCGAAGGAAUCUUCGAAUUUUAGUUGAAGGCAGUGAUAUUCCACCACCAAUUCGUAGUUUCAAAGAAAUGAAGUUUAACAAACAUAUAUUGAGUGGCUUGGAAAAGAAGAAUAUUAAGAGACCAUCGCCAAUUCAAGUUCAGGGAAUACCAACUGUUUUAGCUGGUAGAGAUUUGAUUGGAAUUGCUUUUACCGGUUCUGGCAAGACGCUGGUUUUUGUAUUACCUUUAAUUAUGUUUGCUUUGGAGCAAGAAGUGCGUCUUCCAUUUAUAAAAAAUGAAGGUCCAUAUGGAUUGAUUAUAUGUCCUUCCAGAGAAUUGGCCAAACAAACGCAUGAUAUCAUUGUGUACUACUGCCAACAACUUCAAGGAAACAACCUUCCAGAGAUAAGAAGUUGCCUUGCUAUCGGUGGUAUGCCCGUUUCCGAAGCAGCCGACAUAAUUUCGAAAGGUGUCCAUAUUAUGGUAGCGACUCCAGGUCGCUUGAUGGACAUGCUGGACAAGAAAAUAGUCACUCUUGAUGUGUGUCGAUAUCUAUGCAUGGACGAAGCAGAUCGAAUGAUUGACAUGGGCUUCGAAGAGGAUGUUCGUACGAUAUUUUCUUUCUUCAAAGGCCAACGACAAACAUUGCUCUUCUCGGCCACUAUGCCUAAGAAAAUUCAAAACUUUGCUCGCUCCGCACUUGUGCAGCCGGUUACAAUUAAUGUUGGCCGUGCUGGAGCUGCUUCCAUGAAUGUCACUCAAGAAGUGGAAUACGUUAAGCAGGAAGCCAAAGUAGUGUACCUUCUUGAGUGUCUACAGAAAACAGAACCGCCAGUGCUUAUAUUUGCUGAGAAAAAACAAGACGUUGAUUCUAUUCACGAGUAUCUUCUACUUAAAGGUGUUGAGGCGGUAGCAAUUCAUGGUGGUAAGGAUCAAGAGGAGCGUUCGCGAGCAGUUGAAGCAUUUAGAAAUGAAGAGAAGGAUGUUUUAGUGGCCACAGAUGUUGCUUCCAAAGGUUUGGAUUUUCCAAAUGUACAACAUGUUAUCAACUACGAUAUGCCUGAUGAUGUGGAGAACUAUGUCCAUCGUAUCGGUCGUACGGGAAGAUCGAAUACCAGAGGUUUGUCUACGACUUUUGUUAACAAAACCACCGAACAGUCUGUUCUGCUUGAUUUGAAGCAUUUAUUGAUUGAAGCCAAACAGCAAGUACCACCAUUCUUAGCUGAGUUGUGUCCAGAGUCGGAAAAAUAUUUGGAUCUUGGCGAUUCACAUGGUUGCAGUUAUUGUGGUGGUUUGGGACAUAGAAUUACAGAUUGUCCGAAAUUAGAAGCUGUUCAAAGCAAACAAGCUUCGAAUAUUGGACGGAGGGAUUAUUUGUCGAAUACUGCUGCAGAUUAUUAAAUUUU